UUUGUCUUAUCUGAAGUGCCUAGUGGAGGAGAAAAGGUCAAAAGAGUUGCAGACGCCACUACCUGGAGCAACCCGCGCUGCUGAGCCAUGGUCAACCGCACUAUGUUCUUUGACAUUACCAUGGAUGGCGGAUCCUUGGGCUGCGUCUCCUUCAAGGUGUUUGCAGACAAAUUUCCAAAGACAGCAGAAAAUUUUCAUGCUCUGAGCACUGGUGAGAAAGGAUUUGGUUAUAAAGGUUCUUGCUUUCAUAGGAUUAUUUGGGGAUUUCUGUGCCAGGAUGGUGACUUCACAUGCCACAAUGGCACCAGUGGCAAGUCAAUCUGUGGGGAGAAAUUGGAUAAGAGGAAUUUCAUCCUGAAGCACAUGGGUCCUGGCAUCUUGUCUAUGGCAAAUGCUGGACCCAACACCAACGGUUCCCACUUUUUCAUCUGCACUGCCAAGACUGAGUGGUUGGAUGGCAAGUAUGUGGUCUUUGACAAGAUGAAAGAGGGCAAGAAUAUUGUGGAAGCCAUGGAGCACUUUGGGGCCAAGAAUGGCAAGACCAGCAAGAUCACCAUUGCUGACUGUGAACAAAUCUAAUAAAUUUAGCAAUGUUUAUCUUAAUUACCAGACCAUUC